GUUAGACCCGGUAAAAAUCCCACCCGGCAAAAAACUCCUAUCUCGCUCUGUCUCUCUCUCUUCUUCUUCUUCUUCUUCUUCUUCUCUCUCUAAACAGUUGAGGCCGCGAAGAGAGUUUCGCAGACUGGGCAGUAGGCACAGCUUCAUCUCCUAAUCUCAAGUGAAAUCUGGAAAUUUUGGGGAAAAAUACUCUGUGAUGAACUGCUUGUUUCGUGCAUGUUCUGCGGCUAUACUUUCAAGGACUGGUGGUUUUGUUGGUAGGAGUUCAUUGUGUGGAUUCUCAACUCCCCCAUGGGAAAUUAGCUUUGAGCAUGCUAGUAUUAGAACGGUUCGUUUGGAGCUUUUGUUGACUCAGUUGCGCGUUCAGUGCUAUUCAUCUGGAAAGGGAGGUGGAAGAAAGUCUCGUUCACAAAAGUUGGAACCAAAACCAGUGAUGGAGGAAGAGAAGGCUGCGUUCUUUGUUGUGCGGAAGGGGGAUAUUGUUGGUGUUUACAAGAGUCUUAGUGAAUGUCAGGCUCAAGUUGGAUCUUCGGUAAUAUGUGAUCCUCCUGUCAGUGUGUACAAAGGACACUGUAUGCCUAAGGACACUGAGGAAUAUCUUCUCUCUUGUGGACUUAAGAAUGCUCUAUAUUCCAUCAGAGCUGCAGAUCUAAAAGAGGAUAUUUUUGGCCCUCUCAUACCUUGCCCAUUUCAGCAACCAUCUUCUUCAAAAGGUGAAGCAUCCAACAAGGAUAUGCGAAAAAAGAGGUCACAUGAAGUACUGGGAGCAGAAAGUGUGGAAGCAGCUGGAUCAACAUCUGUCUAUAACCCCUUGAGAAAGCAUUUCAAGGAAGAUCCUCAAGUCAUGGCCCAAGUUUUAUCUUCUGGUUGCUCUUGUAUUCUUGAGUUUGAUGGUGCUUCAAAAGGAAAUCCUGGACAAGCUGGUGCAGGAGCUGUGCUGCGAGCUGAUGAUGGAAGUUUGAUAUGUAGAUUGCGUGAAGGUUUGGGCAUAGCAACCAAUAAUGCUGCUGAAUAUCGAGCCUUGAUUUUAGGGCUGAAAUAUGCACUCAAGAAAGGGUUUACAAAUAUACGUGUUUUGGGGGACUCCAAACUCGUUUGUAUGCAGCUUCAGGGUCUAUGGAGGGUAAGACACCAAAACAUGUCCAACUUGUAUGAGGAGGCAAAGCAACUGAAGGACAAGUUUCUUUCUUUCGAGAUCAAUCAUGUUCUGCGGGAUUUGAACUCCGAGGCUGAUGCUGAAGCAAACUUUGGUGCUUGUCUUGCUGAUGGUCAAAUACAAGAGAUUGAAUAGUCACUCAAACUAUUGGAUUGGCAUUGUUCUUUGAGUCCAAUGUUCAUUCCCUAGCAACUGAACCAAAUUCUUCAAGUGUCAAACACUUGAUAUCAUAUCUACAAGGCUUAUUGAUCAUACCUCAAGAUACACGGUGUGAAGUUGGUGUCAUAGAGUUUUAUUACAUUUUUUGAAUUUGAGCUUGAUUGGCACGAGUGAAACAAUUUGGAUUUUGGUUUUCAGUGGCGUACAAGGAAGCUCAAAAUGUCCCAAAAUUUUAUGAAGAAAUUAUUUUUACUUCAUCUCUAUUUCUCCAUUUUCUGAUAAUUUGGGUUUCUGAUGAGCAGAGCUGAAGAGCAUCAUGCUCCUUGUUGAUGAGGAUAUGCUUCGUGGCCCCAUUUCUCUGGGAGUCCUUGUGCUAUGGUUUCUACUCACAUUGUUCACUUGGGGCUUGUGAUUGUUGCCUUUGCUUUCAAAAUCUGUCGGAUGAUAACCUUCAUUGUCACUGCUAGGUAUAGUUUUGUUCCUGGGUUCUCUCUCUUUUUGAGUUUGUUGAUUGGAGAGAGUUCAAUUUGUGCUUUCAGAUUGUGCCGUGUCAACAAUUAUUGUUUACAAAAAGAGAUGAACCUUUAGUCUACAAAAAAAUGCCCACAUGGCAUGAGUAAAUUUUAGAUGUAACGGUAAUAAGCAAUCUUAUUUUGUUGUAGAGAUCAUAAUUUUGUUAUAUGACUGAGAGAAUACUUACAAAUCUCAUUUGCAAUAUUAGUAAAUGGUGUCAUUAUUAUA